AAGAGACGCAUUAGUUUGUACUGAGUAACAAGCUUUCACAUCGCAUCAUGUCUGGACGUGGAAAAGGUAUCGGAGGCAAGGCUAAAGCGAAGCCUAAGAGUCGCUCCUCCCGGGCAGGACUCCAGUUCCCGGUCGGUCGCGUCCACAGGCUGCUGAGGAAGGGCAACUAUGCGGAGCGUGUGGGUGCCGGCGCCCCCGUCUACCUGGCGGCUGUGCUGGAGUACCUGACUGCUGAAAUCCUGGAGCUGGCUGGAAACGCUGCCCGCGACAACAAGAAGACCCGCAUCAUCCCCCGUCACCUGCAGCUGGCUGUCCGCAACGACGAGGAGCUCAACAAGCUGCUGAGCGGAGUCACCAUCGCUCAGGGCGGCGUGCUGCCCAACAUCCAGGCGGUGCUGCUGCCUAAGAAGAGCGAGAAGACCGGCAAAGCCAAGUAAAGGAUCCACAUCCUGCAGAGAAUCAACGGCUCUUUUCAGAGCCACACACUCCCAAUGAGCGUCUGUCUGCUACUGACUGAUACAAUAAUAUUAUCACUGGUCAUAUUAACAGAUUAGCUCUACUGAUUAAAGUUAGUGUUUUAUAAGUCCGUAAAUAUAUUAUUUGCAGAAGGUAAAUAAUAUGCAGGUUAUAUCACAUGUACAUUAAGGUGAUUAAAAUAAGCUGUUUGGGUUGGGGCACUGUCUUGGUUAAAUUUUGAAGUGAUGCUUAUAUAAAGGCUGUACCACUGUCCCUUAUAUAUAACUAAUAAAAUGAAGACUUUAGA